AUGGCAUUACGAAAAGCUUUGGUAGAAAUGCCGCCAAUUGCUACGCUCGCAGCGCGUAGUCUGCUACCCCAAGCCGGACGUAGUCCCUCCUCCCGAACCAGUCGAGACCAACAACGGAAAGCCCUCACCCUUCUCACAGCAACAACUAUAGUAUUCCGCUCCGAACUCGCCAUCCUCCUCUUCGCUCAGACAGUCUACCUACACCUUCACCCGCACAUUGAUCUCCCGAAUCCCUCCAUCAUCGGCGCGGGCAUCCUUGGCGCCCUCCUCUCCCUCCCACUUACUCUGACUCUCGACACAUUCUUCUGGCGCUCCACUCAUCCUCUCUGGCCCGAACUUACCGCCUUCGCCUACAACGUUCUUUCCAAAAAGUCCAGUGACUGGGGCACCUCACCCUACCAUUUCUACUUCACCUCCUCUCUCCCACGGCUGAUUUUCAACCCUCUCCACCUACUUCUUCUCCCAUUCACAUUCAGCAUUCCCAUCCUGCGGCGUCCUGCCCUUGACAUACUCGUCCCGAACAUUCUCUAUAUCAUAAUCUACAGCUUUCAGCCGCACAAGGAGUGGCGCUUCAUUGUGUACACUGUCCCUCCUUUUUUGGCAGUCGCAAGUGCCGGAGCCUCCUGGAUCUGGACGCGCCGCUCGAAGAAUGCCGUCUAUCGCUUACUGGCUUUAGCCCUGGUUGCAAGUACACUCGCAAGCUUUGCGGCAAGCGUGGGAUUAUGUGCAAUUUCGAGAAUGAAUUACCCGGGCGGCGUGGCGUUGGAGAGGUUGCAUACCCUGAUGGAUGAGACGGAGGAGGUGGUGGGUGUGAGAAGAGUGCAUCUGGGGACGCUGGCUUGUAUGACGGGGAUCACGAGGUUUUCGGAACGAAGACCACCGUCUUUAGGGGGGUUUGAAAGUGCCAAGGAAGGAAGAGGCAAGGUGACAUGGGUGUAUGAUAAGGAAGAGGAUGAGGGGAGAUUGUUAGAUGCGAUGUUCUGGGAGGAAGUCGAUUUUGCGAUUGCAGAGCGGCCAGAUAGAAUACUUGGGCAGUGGGAGACUUUGAACGUGGUGGAUGGAAUUGCUGGAUUCAGGGUGUCGACACCAGAUGAUGAUGAUUGGAAGACCUCUGAUAAAAUAAUCGAUAGAAGAGACGUGAUCGAUGUCAUCGUGAAGAGCUGGUCGAUCAAGCAUUGGGUUGAUUUCUAUGAGAUCUGGGAGAGGUUAUUGAGAAGCCGGAUUACUGGCGGCUGGUGGAUACGAAUGAAGCUGGAGCCGAGAUUAUACAUUCUGCAGAGGCUGAAGCCGUUCAAAAAAGAAGAGCAUAUUUCAAGAGGGAUAGUCAAGCCUGAUGAAAAUGGAAUAGAAGACGACAGGCCUUGA